AUGGAUGAUAGUGAAAUCACCUAUUGUUUUUCAACUGACGACCAAAUUAUUACUAAGGACACAAAAUGUAUAAAACAUUGUACAAUAAUGGGAAAAAAAGAACAUUAUAAAGUAAAUGCUGCCCCAUCUACCCAACAAUCAAACCAAAACCAUCAAUUGAAUUGUGCAGUUAUUAUAGAUGCAGGAAGUACUGGAUCUAAAGUCUUAGCUGCUGCUUUUAAAAAGACGGAUGACAUCUAUUUACUAGACAACUAUAUUUUUAAACGAGAAGAAGGUGGUUUAGCUGAAUAUGCUGAUGACGAAAAAAAAAGAGAAGAAAUAAUACGUCAUUUAUUAUCGCAAGCUGAAGAUUUUAUGAAUAAAAAUCCUUAUUGUGCCAGAACACCACUUUUAUUGAGAGCAACAGCUGGUUUAAGAAUGUUAAACGAAAAAUCAGUUGAAAUUAUCAAUCAAGCAAAAGGAAUUUUCAAUGAAUAUAGCUCAAUAUUUCAAGUAGAUGACAAUUCAGUGGAAAUAAUGGAUGGUAGUGAUGAAGGGCUUUUUGCAUGGUUCACAGUUAAUUAUCUCCUAAAGAGAAUAAAGGAUCUCGAAAAUUCGGUAGCAGUUUUAGAUUUAGGUGGUGCAUCUUUACAAAUCACCUUUUACCCAACUGACGAUAAAAAAAUACCAACGAAUUCUUCAUUUAUAAAAGAUUAUGCGAUUAUGGGAACAAGAAAAAAAUUGUAUAACCAAAGUUAUUUAGGUUUUGGAUACAAGGCUGUGCGAACAAAAGUUUUCAAACCGGUAGAUAAUAAUAAAAAAAAUUAUACUUCACCAUGUCAACACUCAGAUUUCCAAGUAUCCUAUUCAUUUAAUUUAAUAGAUUACUCUGUAACGUAA